AUGGAGAAGGUCGGCAUCAUCCUCCUCGUCCUCUUCCUUUUCAUCAUUAUUAUAGGUCCCCUGACCUGCUUCAAGCUCUCCCGCGACGACAAACCCAAAAUCUACAACCCGCAGCCGGACCAGCUGGACGAUGCCCGGCGCAAGCUCAGCACCUACACGACAUGCUCAACCGUCGCCCAGAGAACCGGUGGCCGUAAUGCCGACAUCGAGGCCGUAGCUCCACCGUCCGAGUUCGGAGAAUGCGCCGUGUUCAUCACCGGGUCUACAACUCGGUGA